AUGCUGCAGUUACACAGCUUUCGGCCAUGGAUUUCAACCGGAAAUCCCAAUUCGAUUAUGAAUUCUUCUAAUAAGAGAAAGUCAAGGCCGCAUUGCUGUUGGUGCAUCCCAAUUUCAGUUUUGCACAUACACAAUCUGUCAAUAAAAAACAGAGGGAAAUGGAGGAUCAGUUACAAAACCACAGGGAGGGAGAUCAACCAUUCAAUCGAGAAUAGUUUUCAGAACAAUGUGAAUGCUGAAAUUUUGAACAUGGAUAAGAAAAAAAUUUAUCAGCAUAUGCAGGAUCAUUCAGCUAAACUCAUGAUAGCAUCCCUGUUGUCGUACUUACUAGUUAGAUUUGUACAUCUGAAUGCCAAAGAUACAAUGGUGAAUGUACUUCGAGAAUUGUUCGUUUAUAUAAUUCGAACAUUUACAGCUUCAAGAUCACCUUUUGCUUGCAUAUCUAAUUCCUUGGACAAACCAACACCACUUCAAUUGGAAGUUUCUUUGCCUUCACUGCAAGAUAUCAGAUGGAAUUUCUCCCGGUUAAUCUAUUUAUUCAACACCCAACUAGAAAGAAAUGUUGCCACGUUCUUCCUCGUGCUUCUUGUGGCAUGCUUCUCGUUUGUAAUCAUUGGUGGAUUCCUCUUCUUUAAGCUCAGGGGUAGAACACAAUCACUCGAGGAUUGCUUUUGGGAGGCAUGGGCAUGCCUGUGUUCAUCAUCAACCCAUCUGAAACAAAGAACUAGGAUUGAACGUGUUAUUGGCUUUAUUCUUGCCAUAUGGGGCAUACUGUUCUAUUCUCGCCUAUUGAGCACAAUGACAGAACAAUUUAGGAGUAAUAUGCACAGACUCAGAGAAGGGGCACAAAUGCAAGUUUUGGAGACAGAUCAUAUUAUUAUCUGUGGAGUUAAUAAUCGUCUGAGCUUCAUAUUGAAACAGUUAAAUAAGUAUCAUGAAUUUUCUGUUCGCUUAGGCACUGCUACGGCUAGGAGACAGCGAAUUCUUCUUCUAUCUGACCUUCCAAGGAAACAAAUGGACAAAAUUGCUGAGAACGUAGCUAAAGAUCUUAAUCAUAUUGAUAUUCUAACAAAAAGUUGUAGUCUAAGUUUAACAAAGUCAUUUGAAAGAGCUGCAGCCAGCAAGGCACGUGCCAUAAUUAUAUUGCCAACAAAGGGAGAUCGGUACGAAGUUGAUACGGAUGCGUUUCUCUCUGUACUUGCUCUUCAACCUCUGCCGAUGAUGGCCUCUAUCCCCACCAUAGUCGAGGUUUCAAGUUCCAACACCUGUGAGCUUUUAAAAUCAAUUUCAGGAUUGAAAGUUGAGCCUGUGGAAAAUGUUGCAUCCAAAUUAUUUGUUCAGUGCUCUCGGCAGAAAGGGCUUAUAAAAAUAUACAAACACUUGCUCAAUUAUCGAAAAAAUGUAUUCAAUCUCUGCAAUUUUCCCAACCUAGCAGGACUGAAGUACAAGCAAGUAAGACGUGAAUUCAAUGAGGCUGUUGUUUGUGGCCUUUAUCGGAGUGGAAGAAUAUAUUUUCAUCCAAAUGAUGAAGAAGCUUUAGUGGAAACUGACAAAGUGUUGUUCAUUGGUCCUGUACAUGGAGGGAAGAAACUGCAAAUCACAUGUUCAAAUGAUAACGAAGAAGACGAGAAUUAUAUUUAUCAUCAUGAAACUCUAAAAGGGAACAAUGAAUUUUUUAGUCGUACAUUGGAUCUUACAAGAGAACGACUAGCAAACGUAGUAAAAAGACCAAGAAGAUCAGGUUCAAAGGCAUCAGAUUGGUGCCAAGGUCCAAAGGAGUGCAUACUAGUGCUUGGAUGGCGCCCUGAAGUGACAGCAAUGAUUGAAGAAUAUGACAAUUAUCUUGGACCUGGCAGUGUUGUGGAAAUCUUGUCUGAUGUUCCAAUGGAUGACAGAAACAAGGAAAGCAAGCUUGCUGGUCAAGGGAAACUGAAAAAUAUUCAAGUUUCUCACAGGGUUGGAAACCCAAUGGAUUAUGCAACUCUAGAGGAUACCAUCGUCAACUUUCAUAGGUCCUUCAAGAAUGAUGAAGAUAUUCCCUUCUCCGUGGCCGUAAUAGCAGAUAGAGAGUGGCUAGUUGGAGAUUCAUCGAGGGCAGACAAGAAUUCUGCAUAUUCUCUUCUUCUUGCUGAAAAUAUCUGUGGUAAACUUGGAGUGAAGGUGCAAAAUCUUGUUGCUGAAAUCAUUGAUUCAAAAUUAGGAAAACAGAUAAAUAGAAUUAGGCCAUCCCUGACUUAUAUUGCUGCAGAGGAAGUAAUGAGCCUUGUAACAGCCCAAGUGGCGGAAAAUAGUGAAUUGAACGAGGUUUGGAAAGACAUUCUUAAUGCAGAGGGAGAUGAAAUAUAUGUAAAGGACAUUGGCCUCUACAUGAAAGAAGGGGAAAAUCCAUCAUUUGCAGAACUCUCUGAAAGAGCAAAUCUAAGAAGAGAAGUUGCCAUUGGUUAUGUGAAAUGCAACAAGAAGGUUAUAAAUCCAAUUCCGAAGUCAGACCCUCUAUCUCUUGAACUCACUGACUCGCUGAUUGUGAUAUCUGAACUUGAAGGAGAACAGCCAAUAGUUAUGUGA